AUGAAACCUUCCGAAUUAAUCGAUGAAGAUGAUGAGUAUGAGAGAGAGCCUCCCAUUUGCAAGGGAGGAGCUUGCAUCCCUCCCCCACCUAAUUUACAAGUGGCCCCUGAAACAGGAACUUUUGCUGAUGGAAGUGUAGAACAGAAGCCUGGAUCAACUAGCUCAGGAUGGUUGGGACUUGGGGCCACAGCUAAUCCAAAUGAGGCCAGUCAAUAUGAUGAUGUUUAUUAUUCUUAUAGGAAACAGAGAAGUAUCAAUUACCAUACGUCUAUGAGUGCAAGAGCUGCUGCUACAAGGUAA